AUGUCGGACAAGAUCAGCUUCCUACCAUUAGAGGUACUUCUCUCCAUCCUGGCGUACCUACCUUUUGAGUCUCUCCUCGCCUUCGGAGAAACAUCUCGCACGAAUUUCAAGUCUCACGCCCUUUGCCUGAGACGUCUUCGAGUCGGAGUCUUCGAAAAGCGAGUCCAUUCCAUGAUCUCUCUACUUCAGGCAGGGUGGGCUACACCCGAUCAACUUUCUUCGUCUCAUGAGAGCGAUGGUUCCAGGAGUGACUAUACAAUUUCCGUGAUCCAACCAGGCGCCUAUGCAAAGCAAGGAUUGGACGGAAAGCCACAUGCUAAAUGCAAGCUGCAAAGAAAGCGGGACAUAAGGCCACAAGACGCUCAGGAGCAGACGAUACAAGCACAGAACAAAGUUCUCGCGCGACUUAUGAAUCGAUACGGGCCUUCGUUGGUCAAGCUUGAGUUCAUGGCCUACGAUCUUGAUCUCGAUGGAGCAAAAGCGCUCGGCACCAGAUGUAGACACGCGCUGCGCUAUCUGGCACUGCGUUUUGAGCAUCCACAUAUCCGCGACGGGCCGAUGAGACCAACCGCUUGGUAUUAUCCUGCGCCGGGUAGCACUGCUUGGAACUUACUCGCAGGCAUAGGGAACCCCAAGGACAUCGGGAUUACCGGACUUGAGACUCUGAUAUUGGAACGAUCAGGCAUCACGCCCUGGCAGUUGGCGAUGCUUGUGGGGAAGAAUCCUAGGCUGAGAGUCUUGAAGCUGAGGACGUGCCGUGGUGCCCAGCCCGAGUUUUUGGAUUGGCUUGGAGGCGUUCAAAAGGAUAAAGACGAUGCAGCGAUAGAAGGGCAGAGACUGGCACCUGGUGCGAAGCUCGAAGUUCUCUGGCUGGAGAAUUGCCACCGUUUACUAAGCCAUCCAAUAGAUGAGCAAAAAGGUAAGCAGUUUCCAGACAGCUCCUGUGAUGAGGGCUUUGAAUGGGUCAGAAAUCUGUCAAACUUGCAAACUGCCUUGCAGAAGGUAUUCCGCAGACGCUCAUCUGAGUCGAAGGGUAAACAACCUGCUUCGGAUGAUGAUUUCGAAAUCGGCGAGCACAAGGACGGCUUCUACAAGUACUCUCAAGAGAUGCUCGAAGAGAAAAAGGGAAGAUUCGAGCCUCGCGCGAUGCGUGCUUCAGGCAGUGCCGAAGUUACAUACAUGAGUACUUCAAACAGGGCCGAAGUUUCUUACAUGCGUGGUUCUGAUAGUACCGAAGCUUCUUACGCUUCAGCUCAGAUGUCACCCAUCGAAACUCCGACUCUUCCUUAUACCAUCGGCUCGUCUGAAUGGCACUCUUUCGCUGCCCGUGAACAGCUUCUCGAUAAUCCUUACGGCAGGGCGGCUGCAGAGAAAUUUGGCAGUGUCAUCAGCGUCUUCUCGAAGGUUUACACCAUUGCCAAAAUCCUUGCUUGGGCACUCAGGACGUAUGGCGUGGAGUUAGACGACGCUCCUGGAGGUAUUCUGGCUCGCCUCAAGGACGCAGAAGCUGUUGUGAAUACAGACUCUCUUGCUGAACUCAUCGGGGGCACCGAAAUGCUUUAUUAUUCUCUGUAUGCGAGACUGGUUAUGGAGAUUGCCAACGUUGAGCUCUGUGGUCACUACGACCUUAACCUGCGGCGCAUGCUCAUUAAAGAAACGUUCACCCUUCCCGAAACUAGUCAUCUCCGCGACAUAUUCAUAACAUUCAAGGACGUCCUGGACGCCCCGGAAGUUUGCAGUGGUCUUGAUUACGACCUUGUUAAGCAGCACCAGGACUCGAUCAUUUGCCAUGCUACCGACAAGCUUGCCAUCACUGGCUUCUCUGCGCACGAUCUUAUCGGUUAUCGUACCUCCAUCUUGAAGAUUGUCUCCGACGAAACUCAUCCUUUCGUUCUGAAGUGGAGAGGCCUCGUUUACCUGUAUCGGAUGCCGGGCGUCGAAACUAUCACCGUGAUGUCGGAGAAGUACCUGACUAUCAUGCCAAAGGUGACGGCUACCGAUGACUUUCCAGCGACUGAACUCCCGUUCGUCAACCGCGACUCAAUUCAGCUAGAAAUUUGGCAGCGCGAGAACGUCCUUGAUAACCGUCAGGCGACCCUGGCGAAGCUCGAGGGCAGCAGCGUCGGAGACAUCAGACGCGAUGACGGCAGACGUCGCCUUCUUGAUUUCGUCAAAGAGAAGAAGUGCAUCUGCCGUUCAUCUUGCAGUUGCGCGACUGACUGCACAAUGGAUGUCCUGCUGCCCUGCCCCUGCUCUGAGCGCAUCCUGCGCAUCGUGCUGGCCAAGCGCCAUGAGGCUGCGGGCGAGCAGGACUUCGGCCCCAGAUGCGGCAGUUUGGCCAGAGCCUUCUUUGAAGGAUUGGCAAUGGUCAGCCGCGAAGUUGCCCACUAUGAGCUCGUCGCGGAGCUGCACCGCGCCAUGCAGCUCUUCGAAGAAGUGGUGGGCAAGCAGCGCCAGACCGCUGCCACGGGCAGUCGACUCGUCUGA